AUGUCAAAAGAAUAUUCAGAUAGUGCUCCACCACCUUAUGGAGGUGGGAGUUCUUAUGCACCUCCACCAGGGAAUCCACAUCCACCACCAGGCAAUCCAUAUCCACAACCAGGAAAUCCCUACCCACCACAGUACAUGGCUGGACCUGGUUACCCACAAGCUACUCAGUCCGGCUACUCACAGGCUACAACAGUUGUGGUUCAGCCAACAGUUACUGUUAUUCAGGUAUUCAGAGAAUCCCCUGUGCACACAAACUGUCCUUACUGUCGGGCUGAGGUGGUCACCGCCACUAGUUUUGAAACCGGAACGUUCGCUUGGGUUAUCUGUUGUGUGCUGUGGUUUGUGGGAUGCGGACUUGGUUGCUGUCUGAUUCCCUUCUGUCUGGAUGGAUGCAAAGAUGUCAUCCAUUCUUGCCCCAACUGCCGCCAGCAGAUUGCUCGCUUCAGUAGAAUGUAG